AUGACUACAUCGCAAGCUCUACAAGCAGCCAUCGUAGCGAUGGCCUCGUUGUACUUAACUGUUGCGGGAACUUAUUACGUGGGAGAAAACGAGAACCAAGUACGAGGAUUCCGUCAUCUGGGCAAAUUCCGAAAACUGUACGAGACGAAGAACGUUUAUAAUCUUCGUAGUGGAGUCUAUACUAUUUACCCUUAUAGCUGCUGUCCGGAAGUCGGUGUUAAGGUUUACUGUGACAUGGAGACGGAAGGGGGCGGCUGGACAGUCAUCCAACGAAGGACGGACGAGUCUCCCGAGAGAGAAAACUUCUACCGAACUUGGAUGGAGUACGCCCUGGGCUUCGGUGACCUCAAGGGCGAAUUCUGGCUCGGUCUCGACGUCAUUCACGCUCUUACUGGCCAGUCGCUGAACGCUAUCAGAUUCGAUCUGUCUGAUUACGAGGGAAACGCGACGUACGCGAACUAUGAUUUCUUCUACGUCCACGGCAGGAAGGAGAAGUACAUGCUACAGGUCAGAGGUUACGACGGGACUGCCGGAGACAGCUUCAGCGUCCAAAACAUGAAGAAGUUUUCUGCUCCGGAUUACGACCUUGACACCUGUACAUGCAACUGUGCGAAGAAAUUCCAGGGAGCCUGGUGGUACGCCAAAUGCCACCAAUCCAACCUAAAUGGCCUGCCACACCAAGGAUUCCACGCGUCCUACGCCGACGGCAUUAACUGGGCAACCUUCCGGGGACUUAAUUAUUCCCUGAAAUUUACGGAGAUGAAAGUCAGGCCUGUUUAUGGUUGAGGAUGCUUCAGAAAUAAUUUCGACACUCGGUAAUACGAAAGUAUUGAGGGAGGCCAAAGCUUAUUCAAGUCCUGCGUUUUAUGAGUAUUGUUUAAAUUUUAUCCUAAUGGGAGACUUGCACUAUUGAGAACACUAGGAAUGAUGUAAUUAACAUAAGUUUUUCUUGCAUAUUUAAGAGAAGAACUAAAAUAGC